UUAUUUUCAGGUCAUAUUUAGAGGUCAAGGUGUGGCGUUUAACCCGAAAUACUCAUACAACAUGCAAAUACAAGGACAAAAUAUGAAGAGUACAACAGGGUCACCUUGAUGAUAAGAACUGUAUGGGCUGAUCACUCAUGGGGGCACUUAUUAUUCUGAUAAAUGCAAUUAAUUAUUAAUUAUAUACUGUAUGUAGGGAGGGUUUCUUGUUCGUUUUAAUUUCAACUUAAUUGAAAUUUAAUUGACUUGUUUUUUAUUUGGUUUAGUCCAUUUUUAGUUUAUGAAGGACAUCUCAAACAUUUUAACAAAUCCACACUGCAAGGUCUUCGGAGAUAAAUAAAUAAAUAAAAAUAGGUCAGAGAAGGAGGGGAAAAAAAGCGACUAUCAUUAAUCAAUAAUUAAAAAAGCGGUUUGCGCGCAGGUCCGUCCUGCGCAAAUUGUGCGCAGAGUUCACGUGCUCGAGCCUCCCUGCGUGUAAAGGAGUGGGACCUACACACACGCGCGCGCGCACACACGCGCACGCACCGACCGGCGGACCGACUGGCAUCCGGAAGCUUCUCCUUUCCCCCCCCCUGCAAUGCCGCGAUCUCGCAUGGCUCUCCGUCCGCUUCCAUGAGCAUCCUCCACGGCGAGCCGUCGCUGCUUCGUCGCCCGAAACCGACGCUCGUUUUUGACAGCCGACGUCCUGCUGGGUGUUUUUGGCCAUCAUCCGCGGUCGCGUUUGCGCAUCCCCAUCAUCAUCAUCAUCAUCCUCCUCUCUGCGCGCGCUCCGUGCCCUAUACGAUCCUCAUCGACUCUCAAGCGAAAAAACAAAAGAAAACAAAAACAACACCAUAAUCACAGCAAUGUGUCUGUGUGCUACGAUGCUGGCGACUGCAGUCUUUCUGGGAAAUGUACUGCUACAAUAUGUGUCGUCUCAAAACGCUGGGUUUGUGAAGUCGCCCAUGUCUGAGACAAAGCUCACGGGAGACACCUUUGAGCUGUACUGUGACGUGGUUGGUAACCCCACGCCGGAGAUCCAGUGGUGGUACGCCGAGAUAAACCGCGCUGACUCCUUCAAGCAGCUAUGGGACGGCGCCCGGAAGCGGCGCGUCUCCAUCAACACGGCCUACGGCACCAACCGUGUGAGCGUGCUGGGGGUCACGCGCCUCACGCUCGAGGACUCUGGGACCUACGAAUGCCGGGCGAGUAACGACCCGCGCCGCAACGACCUGCGCCAAAACCCGGCCAUCACCUGGAUUCGAGCUCAGGCCACCAUUUCCGUGUUGCAGAAGCCAAAGAUCAAUGCUUCUGAUCAGGAAGUUUUGCCAGCCAAAAAGCCACAGGAAGACAAUCCUCCAGUUACAUUACAGUGUAACCUGACCAACGCUCACACGGCCCACCGGGAAAGCUUCUGGAUGAAGAACGCUGAAGAAAUCCCCAACACAAGAAAAGGACUGAAAAACACCGAGAUAACACUCAACAAACCAAGAGCGGAAGAUGCUGGAGAGUACAUCUGCGUGUACACUUUCGACAAGGCCCCCAAUGCCAAUGCGUCCAUUGAAGUCAAAGCUGCUCCUGAAAUCACCGGUCACAAGCGAAGCGAGAAUAAAAAAGAAGGAGAAAGCGCUCUCUUGUACUGCAAAUCUGUGGGAUACCCACAUCCCAUCUGGAGAUGGCAGAAGAAAGUCGGCCAGGGAUCAUAUGUUGACAUCGACAACAGUACUGGGCGCUUCUUCGUCAUGAACAAAGACAAUUACACGGAACUGACCGUUAUAAACCUUGACAUUACCACAGACCCCGGCGAGUAUGUCUGCAGCGCCUCAAACGUCAUCGGGACUAAAGAAUCAACGUCUAUUCUGCGAGUGCGCAGUCACCUGGCCCCGCUCUGGCCUUUCCUUGGUGUGUUGGUAGAAAUCCUCAUCCUGGUGGUCAUUAUUGUUGUUUAUGAGAAACGCAAGAGGCCAGACGAUGUGGCAGAGGAUGAUGAACCAGCUGGAUCGAUGAAAACCAACUCUACCAACAACCACAAAGACAAAAACCUGAGACACCGCAACACCAACUGAUCAAAUACAGCAAGUAAUAAUCCUGACUGCACAUCUUGACCGUAUGAAGGUAUUCAAGGAGAGCAGAAGCUCCUGGCCAUUUCUAAUAAAGCAUAUCCUGCCUCACUCGGCCAACGAAACAGAAACAGCAUAUCACUGGCAGAAACGAACAAUAAGGACUGUCUUAAAGCAUGCCUUAUUCAGUCUUAUGGUAUGUGUGGACAAAAUUGAUCCAAUUCAUUCAAAAAGGUGUGCACAUUAUUUUUACUCUUCUGUGCGGUUUUUUUCUUCUUUUUCUGUUUUACAUUGUUCCUUUCGUUAUGCCAACCUUCUAAGGCGUUCCUUUUGCAUACUUGCAUAUCGUGUCGAAUGCAUGCAGUAACAAACAAAUAACAUGCCAUUUUUUUUUUCUAUUGUUAUCCCUUUGUGUAGUGUUGCUUCAGAGGAUUACCCUAAGUGUGUGUGUGAUUAUAAUUAUUAUUAUUUUUUUUAUUUUUAACAAAUUUAAAAGUGAGAUUAAAAAGUCAGAUCCACUGAGUUCUUUGUACAGUUUAUCAUCAGCUCAUAAAGUUUAACAAAAGGUGUUCUAUGUAAAGCUGGACUGCAGGAGCCUAGCUGUGACUGGCAGAGCAGUAUUUAAUCACGGAGAACUGUCUAUGUAUUAAAGAAUUUUAAAAAAGAUGAAUAAAGGAUAUUUAUUUUCUAGAAUUA